AUCAGAGAGAAAGAGAGACCAAUUCCAACGUUUCAAAUCGAAUUGAAUUGAAUUGAAUAGAAUAGAAUAGAAUAGAACAUGUCUUGCUCCGUCGCAGUUUCCAAUUCUCCAGUGUUCUCUCCUCCGUCAUCGCUAUUCUACUCCAAGCCUUCAAUCAUUACUUCAAUUUCUGCUGCUGCGGCUUCUUCUACGGCGUCGUCUUGCUCUUCUCCCGCUUCUUCUUCUUCUCCUUCUCCUUCUUCUCCUUCUUCGUCGCCGUUGCGUCUUCGUCUUCCCAAGCCGCCUAUUCCCGCUUCGCUUUCCGGUGUUGUUGCCGUUUCAGCUUCCGCUACGUCACCAAACGGCACCGUUUUGAAGAGGAAGAGGCCUGCUAGGCUUGAUAUACCUGUUAGCUCCUUGGCCUUUGGGAUUCCCCCCACACCCUCUGCUGCGCCGCCGCGUGAUGUUGUGGAGGAGGAGCGUGAUGCGUUCUCUGUUUAUUGCAAGAGAGGGAGGAGGGAGUACAUGGAAGAUCGCUACUCCGCUGCUGAUAACCUACGCGGACAACAAAAACUGGCAUUUUUUGGAAUUUUCGAUGGGCACGGUGGUGCAAAGGCUGCCGAAUUUGUGGCAAAUAACUUAGAAAAGAAUGUGUUAGAUGAAGUGAUUAUUAGCGAAGAAGAAGAUAGCAUUGAGGAGGCUGUGAAGCGCGGUUAUCUCAAGACUGAUUCUGCUUUCUUGAAAAGCGAUCUCCAUGGCGGAUCUUGCUGUGUCACCGCUUUGAUUCGCAAUGGUAACCUUGCUGUGUCCAAUGCCGGCGAUUGCCGCGCUGUUAUAAGCAGAGGAGGGGUUGCUGAGGCCCUCACUUCCGAUCACCGCCCUUCCCGGGAAGAUGAAAGGGAAAGAAUUGAGACUCAGGGUGGCUAUGUUGAUCUGUGCCGCGGUGUAUGGAGGAUCCAAGGAUCCCUUGCUGUGUCGAGGGGAAUCGGCGAUAGGCACCUAAAACAAUGGGUGAUCGCCGAACCCGAGACCAAAGUUAUCAGGAUCGAACCUGAACAUGACUUGUUAAUCUUAGCUUCAGAUGGAUUAUGGGAUAAGGUUAGUAACCAAGAAGCAGUAGACAUUGCUCGACCUCUUUGCGUAGGUAGCAGCAAGCCGCAGCCAUUGCUGGCAUGUAAAAAGCUUGUAGAUUUGUCCGUUUCGCGUGGCUCCAUGGAUGAUACAAGUGUUAUGCUUAUCAUGCUUGGCCGUUACAUUUGAACUUUGAAGAAGAAGAAGAGAGAAGAAUGGGGAUACCCUGAUGAAUAGAAGAGUAGCUUUGAUUCUUUUCUGUAUAUACCUGAUGAUGACAGACAUUUACUACAAAAUUUUUCGCACCCUUAGACAGGCAGAGAAAUUAACAAAAUGACAUUAGCAUUUUUUAUUUUUUAUUUUUUCACCCUAGAAUGAUAUUUUGAUGUAAUAAGCAUUCUUUAUACUUCAUUUAAUGCCAAUUCAAUUCAUUUUUCCAAGUUGGAACUUGGAAGUGAUCAAA